UGGGCGGACUGACUAACCAACUGAAUCAACUCCGUGGGAAAGUCAAAGUGCUGCUGGCGCAAGUCUCUGUAGGUAUCCGAGGCGAAGCAUCAUCCAUUGAGGUCGUUUUUGAGGUCUGUAACAGGCGGCUGAGCUCCGCGAACGAAAGAGACUGCAAGAGCACGAAUUGGACAUCCAACAUCCAAUGUAUGGAUCUGGCGAUGUGCCCACCGCGAAGACCCAAAACCAUGCUGGGAUGUCAGACGAAACCAUGGAACCAAUGGUGACUACCAGUACACUACACGGCAGCCAGACCCUUUCUCAUACAAGCGCAGCAAUUACCACCGUAUCUCCUUCGACGAGCAAAUCUCUGAGGCACAUUCGAACCUCUACCCCGAGUUCUGACUCAGGACCCAAUGGCGGUAGCAGACAGCCUUCUGUGCUACCUCCAUCGCGUCCCGAGUCAGACGUAGAGCUCUCUGGAUCGCCUCCGCUCCGUGUUUCAUUCCUAUCACCCAACGCCGCCGAAGCUCAAAUCCUACUUCCAUCCCCUCCUACUACCUUUCCCAAUGCCCGACCAUAUCGCUCUCGCCGUCCUCGAGCACCCAAACCUAUUACAGACCCCCCUGCCAUCCGUGAUCACUCAAAGCACGCCAGAUCAUCCACUACCCGUCGACCGGCGCACUCGACUGGCAGAGUAGCUGAGACGCUCCCACACCCAUCGGACAGACCCGGCUUCGCCGGUGGAAAGAAGCAUAUGCCACGGCACAGCCCACGUAUACCUAUCACACCAUCUUCCUGUUUAUCAUCAGGCGCAGAAGUGGGUGUGCCGUUCAUAGAGUCGGGAAACCAAUGGACCACCCGCUGGCUUCCGUCCGGGUUCGAACCAAUCAGUCCUUCAAAGUUCGAAGCCUAUUCUUCAACGUUCGCAACCUAUCCUUCAAUAAUCGAUACCAGUCCUUCAAUGUUCGAAACCGAUCCUUCAAUGUCCGAAACCGGUCCUUCGAUCGAUCCAUUCGAAAUCGGUGAUUCUAUAAGUUACGAUCCAAUAGCUCAUUUUUGAAUCUCUGGAACCCGUCGCGUACAUUACCUUGCGCGACUGACCAAGACUGUAGGGAUGCGGAACCAAUGGUCCGACUCGGAAGCCCAUCCGCAAACAGCCCCACCUUCCGC